AGAUGCAUGUAUAAACACAAUCUACGCUACAAACAAACGGGGACCUCACAUCCAUAAUGAAUCGUUGUUGUUGAUUUGUUUUUUGUUUUGUUUUGAUUUGAAACACACUAAUCGGCGCUCCAGCACCAUCCUCAGGACUCUCCCCACUCCCUCAGGAAAGUGAAAUGUGGGUUAGUGACGACACUUCCCCCACUCCUAGGAUCUAUCCUGCAAGUUUUUUUCCUCAAUAGGACGGAGCAAAGUUUUCUCUUCUCUUCCACGUAUCAGAAAAAAAGCCAACAUGUCGCCACCGUCGAGACGGCUUCAGACAAAGCCCGUGAUUACCUGCCUCAAGACCUUCCUUAUUUCCUACAGCCUUAUAUUCUGGGCCACAGGUGUGAUCUUGCUGGCCGUCGGCGUGUGGGGGAAAGUCAGCCUAGAAAACUACUUGGCGCUGGCUGCUGACCAGAGCACCAACGCGCCAUAUGUCCUCAUCGGGACCGGAGCCUGCAUUAUUGUCUUUGGGUUGUUCGGUUGCUUUGCGACCUGCCGAGGAAGCCCAUGGAUGCUCAAACUGUAUGCCAUGUUCCUGACCUUGGUGUUCUUGGCUGAGCUUGUGGCUGGAAUCUCAGGAUUCAUCUUUAGGCACGAGCUCAAACACAUACUGGACAAGGCCUUUACCACCGCUGUGAAACAGUACAACACCACCGACAGCCACCACAACGCCCUGGACACCAUUCAGAGUACUUUGGGUUGCUGUGGCAUCAAUACAUACACGGACUGGAAUGGGACGGCCUACUUCAAAGAGAACGGCAUCCCAACCAGCUGCUGUAAGACCAAGCACUGCAGCCCGGAGGUCCUCAAAGAUCUCAAACAGGCCGCGACAGAGGUGUACGAGCAGGGCUGUUUCUCUGUGGUGUCCACUAAAAUGGAAGCUAAUCUGGGAAUCAUCGCUGGCGUCUCCUUUGGAAUCGCAUUCUUCCAGCUCAUUGGAAUGUUCCUGGCCUGCUGUUUGUCCCGAUACAUAACCAACAACCAAUACGAGAUGGUCUAGGAAUGAAACACAGAUGUGCACCAGCAGAGGAAAAGACUUCAAUGUUUUUCUCAUAAUUUUAUUAUUGCGUGUCCACGUAUAUUGUUUUAGGGACAAAAUAACACUUGCUGCUUCUUUUAUUUGACGUACCCGAUGCCAACCAAGCAGAAGAGAACUGCUAUGAAUUGACAAGGGAUAUUUGCUGCUUUUCUGAAAGGCAAAAUGAAAAAGGGAGCCAAUUCAUUUAGUAGUAAAUAUGUUUGAUUUAAGUUACCAUUUCAGUCAGUCGUACCCUGCCAAUUGGUAAACAUUUCCAAUACUGUCAACGAUUGUGUUGAUGUGCUGCCUACAAUGUUUUGUAAUUUUGCUAUAUUUAGUCUGUGGUUAUGCUAUUAAAAAAGCUGAUAUGCAUUGAAGCAAAACCAUGUGAAUUUUAUUGUGAAUUCUGAGUAUGUUGCUUAUAUAAAGGGUAAAUAUGAGGUUAGAGACAUUUAAUCUCAUGCUGUAUUUCUCCAUAACUAAUCUUUAUGACGGUUGUCGUUAUUGUUAUUAAUUUGUCAUAAAUAAUUGCCUGUUAAGCCCUUUGUGACUAUUUGUGAUUAAGGGCUAUGGAAAUAAAGUUUGGUCGAUUUGAAA